UUUUUUUUGUUCUUUCUUUACUCUUCCUUUUUUUUAGUCCGCAUUCCUUCUUAACGGUCGUCUUUAUCACCACAUCUCUAAACAACCCGUCUCGUUAUCCACCAUUCCUUCCGCAUUGUCUCCACAGUACUCCCCUCCUCCACAAUGUCCUCGUCGACAUCUUCCACAACCGAUACUAUGGCAACAAUAACGACGGCGACACAUAGUACAUUCGCACCAACCUUGUCUGCCCCUUCUCUUUCUUCUUCUGCCACUGAAACGUCUAUGGUCAUGACAACGACAUCGACUAUUAUGGCCACAGCUUCCGUUACGGCCAUCCCAGGGUCAUCAUCCAAUAACAACAGCAACACCGGCGACCCCACUAUGCCUCUACAGUCUGCGUUUUACAUCAUUGCAUCCCUGGGCUUAAUGCUCGCUAUCUUUUACACUAUCUAUGUCGCCCGUCGAGAUCGUCGCCGUCGCCGCGCCAGAGGUAGAAAUGAUCCCGAGAUGGCAGAGCGGCGAGCAACAACGACAUAUCGACCAGAUUCUGGAGACGAAGUGAGUCCUCCUCAAUAUGUGGCCUAUAUGAAUGAUCAGCCCUACCUUGAUUCAGAAACUACAAUCGUGUACCCAGAUCGUGUUGUAUACUGCAGCGUCGCUGAAGAUUCACAACAACAAGGAUUGACACAACACCUAGCUCUUGUAGAUCAACAACAUCAACAGAAUCAUCUUCAUUAUCAUCAACAGCAACAGCAGCGACUUGGUUUGGACGAUCUGGAUACGGAUUACUAUAUAGAUUCAACUCGACCUAUUCUUACGACAACAACCACGACUACCACGACUACCACGACUACUACAACAACAGCUGCAGCCUCAUUGCUCUCUUCUUCCUCUUCUUCUCGUAUAAACUCUGUUGCUGACGCUGGUGUAACUGCAACUAGUUCAACGACAUCAACACCUUUGCCAAGAGAGACCUCAGGCUCGGAUUCAGCCUCACCCCUGUCUAACAGUAACAACAAUGUAUCUGAUCCAGUGAUUAGCGUGCCUCCGCCUACUCAAGCAUUCUUGAAUCGUCGGCACCUAUCGAUCUUAAGGAGAGGCCUUCAUCACUUUAAUCAGAAUCAUAGUAACAGUAGCCGGAGUUCGCGUGCCUCCCUUCAGGGCCACCACCGUCACACCUCAACAUCAUCCUCCAUUGCUUCUUCUCCUAGCGGCUCUCGAUCUACAUCUCCUCAUCGUCGGACUGGAAGCACUGCAAGCAUCUCGCCUCCCCAUAACAGGAACUCUACGAUUAUUCCGAUUACAGAGUCCGACGACUCCGCAGAUUUAGUAAAUCUCUCCAAUUCUCCCGUAACUGCGCAUAUCGACAACAAUGUCGAUUAUCACAAUAAUGGCAUCUCCCGCGAGAAUGUCAUCAGUAUCAGCCCCAUGACGGAAAGGAGUGAGAGUAGUCGAUUGGGUCCGAACAAUAACACUUCUUCGUCGUCAUCACCUUCGCCUAUGCCUCCGUCCUUGUACCGUUUGAGAAGCAUAGGUCCACCGCCUUAUAUUCCAUCCUCUUCAGAAGAAGCACCACCGUUACCACCUUCAUAUAACACAGUUGCUUCUAUGCAGUAACAGGAAAAAAAAAAAAAAUUGUAAAAUAGCAUCAACUUUCUUCCUCUCUCCUUCUACUAUUACAUACCCUUCUUUCUUCUUUAGCCUUAUUUUCACUCUUGUAUCUAAUCAUCAUUCAUCCGCAUUGUCAAUUAAAAAAAU